AUCUAGCAUUAAGGAUUUUAAUAAAUAAAAAUCAAGCAAAUAAAACCAGAUAUUCUUUGAACAGCAGAACUUAAACUGGUGCCUUGUGCAUUUGUGGCUUAUACCAGUGCCUUAUAAGUCACAUUCAACGACUGAAGCUUUUUCUGCGUUUGGGUCACUCUCGUGACAUUGCUCUCCUGUAGAUUUUCUUGAGCCUAAUAGGGUAGCAGGUCCACACUACAACAUUUUCCUCAAUGAAAGGAAGAACAAGAAAAUAUACUGGGGACUACCCAGCAUUUAAGGCAUAUACAAUCUCUUAGAAGGACUAUUUUUCUUUCAGAUUGGUUGAUUAGUCAAUUAAUUCCAAAGAGACAAGGCAGAGAGAAAGAACAAAGUGUGCACACAGACACACAGAAUGCCUACGUAAGCUUUAUUUCUUAAGGAAGUCAGGAUAAAAACAUCUCAGUGAUUAAUACACAAACAGUGAUCACUCAUAUCCUGCAGACUUUCAGGAAAUAACUGAAAUCUGCAAGUAAAUUUAACUGAGUCUGCAGCAGACAAAAUUAACUAAAAGAUGGAGACGUAAUUGCCUGAGUCUGUACACAAAGUCAAGCUGAAAGAUAAAUGGCAGAUCCAUCUUCCUGUUGACUGUUGAAGUAAAUUAAUUAUCUGAGGUCAUGGAUUUGUUUCCAGAAAUAAGAAUGCGAAUCCGAAGAAUUUGAAAGAGUUUGUAAUAAGUAGAAAAUCUCAGCAGAUAACCAUGCAGCCACAAUACUGCUGGGCCAAAUUUGCCCUUUUGAGGAUCAUUUCACAGAAGUGUGAAGUUUCUGCAUAGUGCUGUACUAGACAAGGGUAACAUUAUUUAUUUGAUAGCCUCAUCCUGCUUCUUCCUAGGAUCUGGCUUCGAACAGAGUUUCCCAUUACAUGAAGUUGAUUGUCCAGAACAAAUACGAUCAUGCUGUAACUCUUACAUGGCACUCAGUCUCAAGACAGUUUAGUUAUUUAACAAAUGUCCUCCAACAGCCAUGGUGUGCAGUACAACAGGAAUGACAGUUAUUUCCUGCAGUGAGUAUGCGGCUGUGGGUGAUGUCCCUGUAUUGGUAGCAGUGGAAUAUGGGCAAUGAUGGGCUCCGUGGCAGCUGGGAGGGACAGCUGGACUGUGAGACAGAGAGAACUGAAGAGAAUGGAAAAACAACAGCACCAGAAGAAAAACAGCAUGUAACAAACAGGAAAAGGAAGAAUGAUAAUAAAAUAAGUGAGGAGACCAACAGGCCUGAUACUGGCUUUGGCAGACAAAACAGCUCUGAAUACUGCCACAACAACGUAUCCUUGCAGAAGUGCACCGUGGUGAAUGGAUUCUGGCCCACCAGCCAGGACUUCUGCAGCAAUGCACUGGCAGGUGCCAAAGAAAAGCAAACACACUGCCCAGGCUGGUAGCUGUAUCCUGGCACUGUUGCACGCUUGUCUGGUUCUGUUCAGUUGUCACUGUAUCCUAAAGUUCUGUGCAAACAGGCAAGUUGUCAGUAACAAAUGGGUUUGGCUUUCCACGCUCUCUGUCAGCAAUUUGUGUGUAAAGGCUGGGAGGCUUUCUUGUGAGAAGAGAGCACAUGAACCUAGCAGCAGGAGCUGAGACCUGGAGAGUCAGCCAGGGAUGGGCUGGCAAGCUCUUUGCCAAUUCUUUCAAAUCAAACCACUAGCAAUCAGUUCUUGAAAACAAAGGAAAGAAACAAACCGCAGGGAUUACAGAAUUGAAAACACUGGAUUAGACAACAAUUACAAAGAAAGUAUUGAAGAAACUAUACAGUGAGACCCCAGAAGGAUACAAAAAGCCCUUGAAAACAUGUACAAGAUAGGAUGGAUCUGGAAGAAACUAGGAAAGGGAAAGACCAACUCAUUGACAGCAGGUGGAAUAUAAAAGUGGAAAAGAUGGAGUUCAGAGAUUUGGAAGACAAAUCACAAAGUAAGUAGAGAGAGGAGAAAUUAUAAUACCUGAAAAUGGAUAUUAGAGAGACUUGGAGAGAAAAUAGGGAAGUGGGAGAAGAUUUAACACUCUUUACACUGUCUGAGACGUACAUCAGAACAUACAACCACGUUAUUAAUCAGUUUUUUCCCUGACAGUUGAAAAGUAAUGAAGCCUAUGCAAGCAAUUAGCUUUAGGUAGAUCACAGGACAACUGUAAUAUUUCCUUAUACAAUCACUCUGUCACAGGUGAUGAUAUGUUAUUUAUGUGAAACAUUUAUGGGAGAUACGCCAUCAACACUAAUAAUGUUAUAUUAGCAGGAAAAGAAAAAGCAACUCCAGUAGCCACCCUUCCUUUCUCUGUGCUAAGCAGUUCUGUUGCUGUAAGGAAGUUUUCUAAGCAAUAUCCACUGCAAUUUAAAAAUUGAAUUUAUUUUUAUCUCGAGUUUACAGAUGGUAUUUAGUUCUUUUUAAACUGUAUUUGCAUCCCCUCAAAAUACUAUCAUUAAUCGAUGUUUCUUUGUUAGGAGCUGUUCUAAUACACUGCUCUAAAAGUUAGAUUAAUCAAUAGAGUUAAUUCUUUUCAUCUGUACUCACCAUGAAGCUUUCAGCUCUAAGAACAGCCCCAAGAACAGCCCCUUUCGUAUGGCUGGAGUGGCUGAUCACUGCUAAAAAAGCUGAGUUUAAACUGAGCUACAUCACUCUGCUGUGAUGAGCAGCACUCAUACACACUAUCCUACUGAAUUUAGCAUGGUUACUCAUUUAACUAUGCAGUACGAGUUAACAUUGGCAGAAAUGGAAAAUGUUACAUUUUUCUACUUGUUAAAAAAUAAAUAAAUACCAAUGAAGACUACAGGAGACUACAGAGAGAGAAAUUAAGUACGUGUUUGACUCUACUCAGAUACUGGGCAAACUUAAUAGUAUUUUCACUUGUAUUCAACUGCGUAAUUCCCUCUGAUCCCUUGUUUUAAAACACUACAAUGAAGAGUUAACAAACAAUCUUUCAAUUUUUUAUAGGUCUCUCACAUGUAACAAUGAACCAUGAACCAUCAACAGGAGCACUCAGGUGCCAGCCCCACUGGAAUUUUGUCAGCCAUUCUGUUGGCAAGCCUAAAUCUCAUUUUCCCCUUCCACUAACGUUAUCAGGGCACACACUGCUACUAAAGGGAAUGACUGAGACACAGUCGCAAGAGUGGUGGUUUUUAGACCCAGGCAGCACAACUCACAGGAGUUAGAUGAAAAUAUCCCUGCACCAUAGCCCUCAGGAAUGAUUUUAAUGGUUAUUCCCAAAGCUUGACAAGAUGAGCAUGUGGCAAAGCCAGGCAUGAAAACCGGGGCAUACAAACAGUCACAAGGGUGAGUCUAGUACUAAACGUGGAGGUUGGUGGCAAUGCCUGUGGUGGGGGGUUGGAGCUUCGCAAUCCUUGAGGUCACUUCCAACCCGGGCCAUUCUGUGAUUCUCUGACAAGGUCCCAACUCCCUGGUCGUCCCAAGGACUCCUGUCACAAAGCAAAUGCAGGUUUUUACUUGGACAAGGUUUAAGCACACACGUCCUUUUCUUGCUCAUAUGCAUGAGACAGAUGACAACACGUAAACAAGAACGUGUGGAAAUCCACUCUGUUCUGCUACAGCAGCUCCCGCACUCCCUCUGCCCACACCUGACACGGCGUGGUCCACAGAAAUUCCCCCUCCCAGCGGAAAAUUUGCUGAAAAUCGAAUUGUAAGCAGGCCUCCAAAAAAGCAAUCAUCACCUUCUUCUAUGCACUCGUCCAUAACUAAACCAACAGAACAAUUCUAAAGCAGUAAUGAAAUGAAGUACUUCAGGAAUUCAAAGCACAUGAAAACCUUCAGCCCUCAACAUUUUAAAACCAACUACAGUAAGCACUGUAAGCAGACUGCAGUCAAUACUACGUGCCUGCAAUGCAUUCUCUACUCUUAGCAAUAGUUCUGAGCCAAACGAAACUGAAGUCGGACUGUCGCCUGCUGCCUGCAUCGCUGUGCGCGCUACACGGCGGCUGUCCUCACGGCGUGUCACACACCACAAGGCAUAACAGCUGCACAUUAACUCCUUUCGUGGCAUUUCUUUUCUAUUUUACUUUUUCUACGCAACUCUGCCCAUAUCUCACCCCUCACAACGCCAGAGCAGCGCCGGGACGGGACGGGACGGGACACACCGCCCGCCCGGUCCCGCCCCCGCCGCAGGAGGCGCACGGCGGCACGCGUAGCUCCCCGGCCGGCCCCCGCGGAACUCCAUUUCCCGUGAUGCCGCGAGAGCAGCGCGAGCCGCGGUCGCGUCACGGGCGCGGGCAGCCAAUCGCGGCGCGGCCGAGGCGGGCGCCGUCAGCCGCCAAUGUUGUUUUCGCUGAGUCGAGCCGCCGGUGUUGUUGGCGGCGGCGCCAUAUUGGAAGGGACGAGCCCGCGUUAGCGAGAAGCCCCUUGGCGCUGGCCCGGCCGCCGCCAUGCUGUAUCUGGAGGACUAUCUGGAGAUGAUCGAGCAGCUUCCCAUGGAUCUGCGCGACAGGUUCACCGAGAUGCGCGAGAUGGACCUGCAGGUGCAGAAUGCAAUGGAUCAGCUCGAGCAGAGGGUCAAUGAAUUUUUUAUGAACGCAAAGAAAAACAAACCUGAAUGGAGAGAAGAACAGAUGACAUCAAUCAAAAAAGAUUAUUACAAGGCUUUGGAAGAUGCAGAUGAGAAAGUACAGCUGGCUAAUCAAAUAUAUGAUUUGGUAGAUCGUCAUUUGAGAAAACUGGAUCAGGAACUUGCUAAAUUUAAAAUGGAACUUGAAGCAGACAAUGCUGGAAUCACAGAAAUAUUAGAGAGACGAUCCCUGGAGCUGGAUACACCAUCUCAGCCUGUGAAUAACCAUCACGCCCAUUCACACACUCCAGUAGAGAAAAGGAAACACAAUCCAUCGUCUCACCAUGGUGCAACAGAUCAUGUUCCCGAGAAGAAGUUUAAAUCCGAAGCUCUUCUGUCUACCCUUACUUCAGAUGCCUCUAAAGAAAAUACACCAGGGUGUCGAAACAAUAAUUCAUCAUCCUCUUCAAACAAUGCAUACAAUACAAACUCUUCUCAACCAUUGGCAUCAUAUAACCUCGGCUCAUUAUCUUCAGGAUCUGGGGCCGGUGCUAUUACCAUGGCAGCAGCUCAAGCAGUGCAAGCCACAGCACAGAUGAAGGAAGGAAGAAGAACAUCCAGUUUAAAAGCCAGCUACGAAGCAUUUAAGAACAAUGAUUUUCAGCUUGGAAGAGAAUUUUCAUUGUCUAGAGAUUCAACUGGGUAUUCAUCAUCAGCUCUGGCAUCUACAUUAACACAAACAUUAAGUUCGUCAAGCACAGAUUCACGAAGUGGCAGAAAAAGCAAAAACAACAACAAAUCCUCAAGUCAGCAGUCGUCGUCAUCCUCCUCUUCAUCUUCUCUGUCGUCAUGUUCUUCCUCAUCUGCACUGGCACAAGAAUUGUCCCAGCAAACAGCAGUAAUACCAGAGUCUGAUUCUAAUAGCCAGGUUGAUUGGACCUAUGAUCCAAAUGAGCCACGUUACUGCAUUUGUAAUCAGGUGUCCUAUGGUGAGAUGGUAGGCUGUGAUAACCAAGAUUGUCCCAUUGAAUGGUUCCAUUAUGGAUGUGUUGGACUGACAGAAGCACCAAAAGGGAAAUGGUACUGUCCACAGUGUACAGCUGCAAUGAAGAGGAGAGGCAGCAGACAUAAAUAAAUAUCUUCAUCUGGAAAACAAAUUGCAUACUAAAGGUUUUAUGGGGGACUUACAUGGGGGGAGGAUCCCCCCCACACUUCCUUGCAACCACUCAAAGAAGGGUUAACAUAGCAGUCAUAAGAUCUUGAACUAUUGGUUGGUUUUGCUGGUUGUGUUUUAAUAUUGUUUGUAAGCUGUUUAUGCACAUUGAUGUGCUGCAGAUACUAUUCCAGCAAGCCUUGGAUUGUUCCAGUGGCCAACAUAUGCAGACAUUUGUACUGUCAAACCAUUUUCUCUAAGCAGUGGGCAUUCUACAAUUAUUCAGUCUUCAGAAAAUUCUGAUAAGUCAAGAUUUUAAAUGUAUGUUUUAUAUUCAACAGAUAUACUCUGCUGCAUGUACUGUAUUCAAGAGCUGUUAUGUAACACUAUGUAUAUAAAUGGUGCAAAAAGUCAGUGCUUCUUAAAAAAAAAAAAAAGACGAUGAUUUUUAAAAUGCCUUUAUAGCUUUGGUUCUUUAUGAAAAUUAAUUCAGCAGGCUGAAGAAAAUGGUUCUUGUAUACAGCGGGCUGUUGUCCUCUAGGGUACUUGAGUAUGUAAAAACAAAACAAAAAAAAGCUGUAGAAUAAAAGAAACUUGUGCCAUUAGUCUAUGUUUCUGCUCCAGACAAGGUGCAGACCAUAAGAAGAAAGAAAAAGGUGUUAAAGUGAUGAUAAAUUUUUAUACCAAAUGUGUUUAUUUUUUUGUGCAAGUAAUCCUUUAAAUUUGAAUUGUAUUAGGUGUUAAAAUAAAACAACCUCAACUCC